AUUCCAGGUGCUGAAUCAGUUAGUAAUAAUGUCACUGAGUACAUGUCUACUUUACACGAGAAUGUAAAGAAGCAGGGUUUAAUGAUGCUGCAAAUGUUUGAUGAUUUGCAUAUCCAAGACACCAAGAUUAACAAUCUCACCAUCGCUUUGGAAAUGGAGAAAGAAUCUGUCAGGGGUGAAUGUGAAGACAUGUUGUCCAAAUGCAGAAAUGAUUUUAAAUUUCAACUUAAGGACACAGAGGAGAACGUACAUGUGUUAAACCAAACAUUGGCUGAGUUUCUCUUUCCAAUGGACGAUAAGAUGGAUAAAAUGAGUGAGCAACUAAAUGAUUUGACUUAUGAUAUGGAGAUCCUCCAACCUUUGCUUGAGCAGGGAGCAUCACUUAGACAGACAAUGACGUCUCAACAACCAAAGGAAGCAGUAGUGAUAAGGAAAAAGGUGGAAAGUCUGACCACUGCUGUCAAUAGUCUAAAUUUUCUCAUCAAAGAACUUACAAAAAGGUACAACUUACUUAGAAAUGAAGUACAGAGUCGUGGUGAUGCCUUAGAAAGACAUAUUAAUGAAUAUGUCUUAGAAAUGGAAGACGGCCUAAAUAAGACAAUGAUUAUUAUGAACAAUGCCAUUGACUUCAUUCAAGAUAACUAUGUGCUAAAAGAGACUUUGAGUACUGUUAAGUAUAAUCCCGAGGUCCAUCAUAAAUGUACCCAAAAUAUGGAAACUAUUUUGGCAUUUAUUUCUCAAUUCCAACAUUUGAAUGAUUCUAUUGAGAUGUUGGACAAUGAUAAUCAGAGAUACAACUUUGUUUUGCAAGUUGCCAAGGCCCUUGCAAAUAUUCCUAAAGAUGAGAAACUAAAUCAGUCCAACUUUCAAAAGAUUUAUGAAAUGUUCGAUAAAACCACUUCCCAAGUGAUAAAAUACCAGCAAAAUAUGAGUCAUCUGGAAGAAAAAAUACUUGCAGCAACUAAAAUUGCCAGAAAUUUUGAAACUCGCUUGCAAGGCAUUGAAUCUAAAGUGACCCAGAUGCUGAUACCAUUUUAUAUUUCAAUUAAAAAAGGCAGUGGAACCACAAAUGACAGAAACCAGGCUCUUCAACUGCAGGUGUUAAAUUCCAGAUUUAAGGCACUGGAAGCAAAAUCCAUCUAUCUUUCAAUUAACUUCUCUUUGCUUAACACCACUCUCUAUGAAGUUUUAACAGUGUGUCAUGAUGCAUCUAUGAGUAUAUCUGAACUGAAUGCUACCAUACCUAAGUGGAUAAAAGGUUCCCUGCCAGAUAUGCAGCUUCUUCAGAAAGGUCUGACUGAAUUCGUGGAAUCAAUAAUUGAAAUAAAAACUCAAGCUGCCAUGUCUAAUUUAACUUGGUAUAUAGAUCAAUCUUUGUCUGGCAGUCUGGGAAAUGUGAUCAAGUCUCAGAAGCAAGUUAAAUCAUUGCUGAAGAAACCUGGUACACUUAAGAAACCAACAGUCAAUCUUACCACUGUCCUGAUAGGCCGGGCUCAGAGAAACACGGACAACAUUAUAUAUCCUGAAACAGAGGAGUAUUCAGGCUGUAGCAGGUUCCCAUGCCAGAAUGGGGGCACGUGUAUAAAUGGAAGAACUAGCUUUACCUGUGCUUGCCGACACCCUUUCACUGGUGAUAACUGCACUGUCAAGCUGGUAGAAGAAAAUGCUUUAGCUCCAGAUUUUUCCAAAGGAUCUUACAGAUACGCACCGAUGGUGGCAUUUUUUACAUCUCAUACAUAUGGAAUGACUACACCUGGUCCUAUCCUGUUUAAUAAUUUGGAGGUCAAUUAUGGAGCUUCGUAUAACCCAAGAACUGGAAAAUUCAGAAUUCCAUAUCUUGGAGUGUAUAUUUUCAAGUAUACCAUUGAGUCAUUCAGUGCUCAUAUCUCUGGAUUUUUAGUAGUUGACGGAAUAGACAAGCUUGCAUUCGAGUCUGAAAAUAUUAACAGUGAAGUACACUGUGAUAGGGUUUUGACUGGGGAUGCCUUAUUAGAAUUAAAUUAUGGGCAGGAAGUGUGGCUGCGACUUGUAAAAGGAACGAUUCCAGCCAAGAGUCCCCCUGUUACUACAUUUAGUGGAUACCUGUUAUAUCGUACAUAAGUUACUAUGAAAGACAGACUAUCACCUUUACUGAGAAACAGCCAGUGUUUUUAUUUACCUUUGCAUGCACAUCUGCUCUGUUUUGGUUUUUCCAUACAAAAUGAAAACCGACUUCUUUUUUAAUCUGAGUAAAGCUGUAUGUUUGUUUAUUUCAUAAAAUUAUUUGAAUAUGUUUUGGAUAGCCUGUAUAUGAAGGAGUUCCUGCUCCUAAAGAAAUUUAAUGGCACAGAAAACAAAAUGCAUUUGUUAGCAUAACUAUUUGUACUUUUGUUUCUUCAUUUUAAGUCAUUUCGAUGUAGAGUCACAUUAUAAAAUGGCAAUCGUACAAUAUUGUCAAUCACAGUAGUCUUUCCAAUUAAAUACUUUUGUUAUUCCCUGUGUAUAUAAUAUAUAAUGUACAUUUCCUAGAUUCAAAAAUUCAAAUAAAUUACUCAAAGACCAAAAAA